AUGGACGAAAAUAAAUCUAACAUUACUGCUAGUAUUUCUCAACAAUCCUCUAUCAAAAAAUUAUGUACUUGUUACAGUAUCCAUAAAAAAAAAGAAAAUUUUUAUAGAGUUGGUAACUUAAAUAAAUCUGGUAUCUGUAAUCAGUGUUCUGAAAGAUGUAAAAAUAAGAGAAAAGAAACCAACUCAAUUUCAAGAAAAAGAGCAAAAUUGCAAGACAGUACAAAUACAACUUCAAGCAGCAGCAGUAAUGUUUUUACCUUUCAUAUAGACAGUAGCAGCAAUGCUUCCAUUUUCCAAAUAAAUACUUUACAAACAGAUAAUAACAGUAUCAACAGUAUCGCUUCUAUUUCACAAAUAGAUAAUAGCAGUAAUGCUUUUACUUCACAGAUAGAUAGUAGUAGCAACACUUUCUUUUCUCAAGUAGAUAGUAGCAUUGAAGAAAUUGACCUGUUUUCUGAACAAGAAGAUAUAUUAAAAGAUAAUACAAAUGAAAAUUUCAAUAAUAAAGAUUAUAGAAAUAAUAAUAGCCCUCUAUACAGUCUAGAUGAAGUUCAGGAAAUUAUAACAAAAAAUUUCAAAAAGCAGAAAAUAAUAGUGAAAAAGUAA